AUGCGUCAAAUGUCCAGCAGUACAAAUGCACGGGAGUCUGAGAAUGCAAUGCGUGAUGUUUUAAGAUCUGUGAGACAUGUUUUAGCCAUGGAUGCUUUUGCAAAUAAAUCAACACUAACCUUCCUCCAGACUUAUCGUGGUGAAAAUAUUCGCAUAGUUGAUAAUAAGUAUCAGCCUCAUAUAGGCGAGACAGUUGAAUUUAUUUAUGAUCCAAAUAGUGGAGCUGAAGCCAUGCGAAUAGGAUAUGAUCUUUUGAGACAGGGCAAACGUGUGGCAUUCGUAUCUACUGGAGCAGUGAUGGCUAGAGCAUUAGUAGAAAAAGUAUCUAAGUUGUCUAAACCCGAUAAUUCUCCUGUUAAAGCCCGUGCAUAUUAUGGGAAUAUGGAUGGGAAGCAGAGACAAAAAGACUUCUCUAAUAUUGAUGUUACUUGGGGCGAGCUUGACUAUAUAGCCUACACAAAUACAGUGGAGGCGGGAAUAUCAUUCAAGGUUACAGAUCACUUUGAUAUAGUUAUAGCUAUUACAAACAUCGCCACUCCAGUUCAUGUUGAGGCUCUUGCGCAAAUGCUUUAUUGAAUUCGUGACGGUCCUCGUCGUAUUAUUUCUG